AGCUAAAGGCAUCAGAUCCUUUUUCAACUUUCUACACCGAACGUUCAACUUCAAACAUUCAGCAUGGCCAUCCGCGUCGCCACUCUCUGCUGCUUCCUCUUGCUCGUUGCGCUGGCAACGAGUGCCAAGAUUCCGCCUAAGAAGGGACAUGAUUUCAAUGAGUCCUCUAGCAAAGAGCAGGACAAGAGUUCGUCCAGCAGCGAACGCGAUUCAAGCGAAGAAGUUAAACUACCGGUGAAACGUACCACCAAGGCGAAGCCAACAACCACCACCACCACCACAACUGCCCCGACAACUAUUCAAGAGAUUACCACCACCACCACAACUGCCCCGACAACUAUUCAAGAGAUUACCACCACCACCACAACUGCCCCGACAACUAUUCAAGAGCUUACCACCAGGCCUACUACCCCGGAUACUACCCCAUCAACCGAAAAGUCGCUGUUGGAUUUCUGCCAUUGGGCGGCAGAUGGGAAUUACGUCAAUCCGUAUGAUUGCAAGACUUUCAUCAGCUGCUCCAAUCAAAUCACUUACAUUAGGAACUGCCCGGCUAAUUUGGUUUACAACCAACAGCUCAACUGGUGCGACUACAGCUACAAUGUACCCGGCUGUAUGUGAAGAAAUCCUGAUGGAGUUUCGGCACAGAAAUUAAUCGAAACGUUAUUACCAAUAUUUUAUUCCCACGACAUAAUAAUUACGACCAAAGUCAUUGCCAUUAUUUAGAAACAAGAAAUUUUGAAUAUUGCCAACAUUAGCGCAGUAAAUACAGACACAAUUUCCCCAAGUAA